AUGAACGUCAAUGUUGAUUCGAAAAUCGCUCUUAUAACUGGUACGACAUCAAAUUUAGGGAUAAAUAUUGCGUAUCGAUUACUAGAAAAGAUACCUGCUUCUGAUCACUUGACCUUGAUUGUUACGUCAAGAACGUUACCAAAAGCUAAACAAGUUAUAGAGACAAUAAACAAUCAUUUCAUAAAGUAUCAUGGUGAUAGAAUUGGAAAAUUGGAGUUCGAUUAUAUUUUAGUUGAUUUUUCGGAUAUGGUUUCAGUUUUGUCGACGUUUUAUGAGUUGAAUAAAAAAUAUAGUCGUAUAGAUUAUUUGUUUAUAAAUGCUGCGCAGGGGGUUUAUUCUGGAAUUAAUUGGCCCCAGGCAUUCGUCGAGAUCUUUAAGAACCCUGUGGAGGGAGUCACUAACCCAACCUAUAAAACUCAACGCGUUGGAGUCAAAUCGUCUGAUGGUCUAGGUUUGGUGUUUCAAGCUAAUGUGUUUGGUCCCUUCUAUUUGGUCCAUAAAUGUAAGGACUUACUCAAAGGAGGCAAAGUUAUAUGGAUAUCUUCUAUCAUGGCUAAUCCUAAAUAUCUUUCAUUCCUGGAUUUGCAACUUUUAAGAUCGCCUGAGCCCUACGAGGGCUCUAAGCGAUUAGUGGAUUUAUUGCAUAUUGGAACUUACAAGAAAUUCAAUGCUCAGUAUGGUAUUAAAGAAUACGUUGUUCAUCCUGGAAUUUUCACAAGUUUUUCGUUCUUCCAGUUUUUAAAUUUUUUUACAUACUAUGGAAUGAUUCUUCUUUUUUAUAUCGCCCGUCUCCUAGGAUCAAGAUACCAUAAUAUAUCCGGCUAUACUGCAGCGAAUGCUCCAAUAUCCUGUGCUUUUAAUGAUGAAGAUCAGUCUUAUAAAAUAUGUUCUCAAAGUGAUAGACUAGGAAGAGAAUAUCUUGCCAGAGAAGAGAUCGAUGCUACCGGCGCUGAGGAUGUUGUGCAUUAUUUCGAGGAGCUUUGCAAAGAAUGGGAUGAUAAAUUGAAGAAUCAAAUUGUAUCCACUAGACAACCUUAG